UUUCCGCUUCCACAUAAGCUCCCAUUGUGGAAUGAAUGUCUGUUGCUUCAUUUGAGCCUUUCGAUUAUUUCUGAUGCGGCGAGAAAAAUCUCCGCAAGUGCGCACUGGGUGCGAGAAAACACAGUGCACUGCGAUAACCGCACUGUUUGUCUUAGCUCUAGCGACAAGCUCAGGGGCUAAGAGAGUGGCAUCAGCGAGAAUCUGGAGGCUUGAAGGUCUCGGUAAAGACUUUCUUAACGACCAAGAAGAAAAGGUGGAAGGAAAGAAGCACAAGUGUCUGUACGUACCAAUAGGGGGCAUCUGCAACGUAUCGUCCAUCGUGUACUACUAUUCGCCAAUGGAAGGUGACUGCAAGAAAUGGGACGGCUGCCUGGGACGAGGGUUCUACUUCUCCAGGCCACGCUGCGAGAGGGCUUGCAGAGAUGCUCCAUACGGCAUCUGCGCUCUGGAGAAGGACGAGGGCACCUUCGGCGUUCCGCCGUUCCAGAAGAAGUACUUCUACAACCAGAUAACCCAGCAGUGCGAGGCUUUCGACUACCAAGGAAACGGCGAGGAGAAUGCUAGGGCCAACCGGUUCGACGACUGGUCUCAGUGCCAAGUUAAGUGCGGACGUUCUUACAGAGAGCACAAUCCAAUAAAGCAACGUCACGUACAGGGUCUCACGUGGCCACCAGAGUAUUAUUCGUAAUCUUCUGGAAGCAUCGGAAUAAAACCAAUAAAGCAUUUCUUUAAAUUCAG